AUCAACCAGCAUUCUUUGAGAGUGAAAGAUCUUCAAUGCCAUCUCCGUUCCCCGAGUGCCUUCAAACGCCUGAUGGGCAGACUCGUCUCAUCAAACACUUCAAUGAACGUGCCAUCGACGAUCACUCUGCUGCGUGGUCAAAUCUCUGGGACACUGAUGAAAGUGAUAUGUGGGAUAGAGGGAAGCCCUCGCCGGCCCUUAUUGACCUUCUUGAGCAAAAGGCAGACGCUUUGAGCGCCAUCACACCCGAUGGGAAAAGAAAAUCGGCCCUCGUUCCAGGCUGUGGAAAGGGUUAUGAUGUGGUAAUGCUCGCACUUCAUGGCUUUGACGUUGUUGGACUGGAAGUUUCAGCGACUGGAGUUACCGUGGCAAAGGAGUAUGCCAGCAAUGAGCUUUCCAAGCCACAGGAGUACAACUUUGGAGCCUCUUGGGUGGACACUCAAAGAGGAUCAGUAUCUUUCAUUGAGGGUGAUUUCUUCAAAUCCGACUGGGAGCAAGAGAAAAAAUAUGACCUGAUUUACGACUACACCUUCUUGUGUGCUCUUCCACCUGUACUCCGCUCUCGGUGGGCCUCAAGAAUGGCAGACCUGCUCACUCCUGGUGGUAUGCUAAUUUGUCUUGAAUUCCCUCUCUACAAAGACCCUAAGCUUCCGGGUCCUCCGUGGGGUCUAAAGGGUGUGCAUUGGAAUCUGCUUGCUGAAGGUGGUGAUGGAAUUAUCGAAGAUGAGGUUCACCAAGGUCCUCAAGGUGGCUCUUUCACUAGAAUGAUGUAUAUUAAGCCUGAGCGGUCCUAUGAAAGCGGCAAGGGAACGGAUAUGGUGAGUGUUUACAUUAGGAAGUAGUUUGGGAAUUCCAAGGUAUAAUUGAGUGUUUACGUGGAAUGUAAUGUCACCUCAAAAUGUGUAUGAUUCGUCGAUUGCAUACUUUCGCGGGCAAAUUCAAAGGAUGAAAUCGAAGAUAAGAG